AUGAUCUUUGUUGAAAAUAUUUAUAUCAUGUAAAUUAUCAAUUAUACUAUUAUUCAUAAAAUUCAAAAUACUAAUAGUGCUAUUGAAAACAGUUUUUUGUUUAAAUUAUCUUCCUUUAAUUAAAAUAGACUUAGUAAACCUCCGAGAUAAAACAGAAGGAGUCAGUUUGAACAACAUUGUCAUUAUAUGGAUAUGAAAAUUUAUUUGAAGUGUUCUAAUUUGAUAAUAAAAAAUCAUUCAAUUUUUGCUCCGAAUAAUAUACUUUAAUAAAAAAUAUAAUUAGAAGGAAUUUUCUAGAAAUAGAAGGAAAUGUUUAAUAUUUCUAUAAACUAAUGGAUACUUUUGAAUAUAUGGCAGUUUGGGCAAACUUUCAUGAAAUUGAACAUAUUACAAGUGAUAUUAUUGAAUAUAUAUAAAUAUCAAUUGGUGAUUAAGUAAUUCAUUCAGAUAUAUGGAUUAAUUUCCAAUUUAACCAAAAAAAAAAAAAUAUAUAUUACAUCAUUCGAAGAGAAUCAAAGAUUAGAGAUCUUUAACGUAAAAAUUAAUUAUUAACAACAAGAAGUAUAAUUAAUCUAAUUAUAUUCAAAAUAUAAUAUGAGUUAUUCUAUAUAUAUAUAUAU